AUGGUCAAGAAGCUUAAUGUCCAUGUGACGAUAUCCGACGCCAGCGUGGUGAAUAAGUCAUAUGUACAGUAUACUACGAGGGUUAGGGUGCAGCACGGGUCGGAGUCUGCAGUGGAAUACAAGUGCAGAAGGCGGUUCAGCGAGUUUCUGCAGCUGAAGCUGGAUCUGGAGCGGGAAUUUGACGCGGAGAUACCAUACGACUUCCCUGCGCGCAAGUUCAAUCUAUGGAACAUGAAGUCGCGGUCGUGCGACCCGGCGGUGGUGGACGAGCGGCGGGAGAGACUGACGAGCUUUUUGACCGACCUGCUCAACGACUCGUUUGAUGUGCGUUGGAAGACAUCGCCGACGCUGUGCGCGUUUCUGAACAUGCCGGACGACUGGUGGCAGCAGUCGGAGCAGCGGGUCUCGAGCGCCGCGGCGAGUGAGGCGGACUCGGUGGAGCAGCUGCAGGACGUGUCCAAAUGGCUGGAGUCGAUUCGCGACGCCAAGUCGCAGUUCGAGGACGCAAACCGUAAUGGCAACAACAUCACGAUGAUGCGGAUCCGGCUGAAGCUGCAGAAGCUCGAAGAGGCGCUGGCAGUGAUCCAGGAGAAUAAGCUUGUGGGCGAGGGCGAGAUCAGCCGUCGCUGGAUCAUCUUGAACGCGUUGAAGGCGGACCUCAACAAGCAGUCGGGCGCGCUGCGGCCGCGCAGCAACGAUAACGAGUACAUGCAGCGUGAGCUGCUGAAGGAGCAGCUGUUGCCAGCCAAGUCUGAGCCGCACAGGCCCGCUGCCGGCCGGCGGAAGCUCGGCGAGACUAGCCAAACAGUUGGCCUCAACAAUCAGCAGCUGCUUCAGCUCCACAAAGACAGCAUGAAGGACCAGGACUUCGAGCUGGAACAACUACGCAGCAUAGUCCAGCGCCAGAAGAUUAUGUCACUGAACAUGAACCAGGAGCUCGCGAUCCAGAACGAGAUGCUAGAUAUGUUUGCGGACGACGUUAACGCCACAUCCAACAAAUUACGCAUGGCCAACAUCAGCGCGAAAAGGUUCAACGAGAGAAAGUAA